UGUAUCAAGCAGUCGGCUCAUUAUUCCGAAAAACUAAGCCCAUCCGCUGAUUAAGAUGGGAUUAGUCAAAAACACUUUUUGGUGUUCGAUUAGCCCAAGUUUGGUGGGGUUACUUAUACUUAUGUUUUCCCUGACCUUGGCAGACGAACAGAAUGUGAUGAAGGAUUGCAAAAGUGAUCUGAGCUGCCAUGCGAAUCGCAUGAAGUCCUUCAUGAAUGUCAGUGCAGACCCCUGUGACAAUUUCCAUGAGUACGCCUGCGGUAACCGAGAUCAACUGAACCUAUUCCGAUACUCCCGAUGGAACUUUUUGGGCGACUCAGCCUACAUAUUAGAUGACAUCGCGAGGGAACUGUUGGACAGGAUGGAUCUGGCGGAGUCACUCAAUGUGUCCAGGGAACUAAGGAUUGCCCAGCGAUUCUACAACACCUGCCUGGGGGCUGAUCUCCAUCCGUUCCCUGCUGCGGAUCCCAACUAUCUAAAUCUCAUUCGGUCGAUCGGAGGCUUUCCCGCCGUGGAUGGUGCCGCCUGGAAUGCCUCCAACUUCAACUGGGUCAACAUGAGUGCCCAUCUGUCCAAUUACGGGGCAAGGGGUCUCAUUCACGAGGAAAUAUUAUCUUCUACUCGCAAAAAACCGUACUUAAGUCUGGCUGAACUGGGAUUUGACUACAUUGGUCAGGCGGAAAAUUCGAAACAAAAGAACUCUACCCGCGUCCGCAAACAAAAUCAGAAGAUCAUGCGCACUUAUCUAAGAUCUUUUAACCUGACAGGAAAUCGAAUUUCCCAAGUGAUCGACGGUGUUUUUGAAUUUUGGCGUGAUGUAAAAGUGACAAUGGAUGGACAUUAUUUGUAUAACUCUGAAAAAUUCGAUUUUACUAGCUACUUCAAGAUAGCAUGGAACCUGGACGAGGAGGAAAGGUCGAGCGAUAGCGACUUCAAAAAAAUGGACGAAGUUUGUGGCCGGCAUCCUGAGGCUGUGGCCAAUUAUCUGGCCAUGCAGUUGCUCUACGCCUUCGAUGCCAAUCUUCAGGAUAUCAAGUACCAAAAGGAUUAUUGUGCUGCAACGAUGAGAUCCUCCAUGUGGCCCCUGUUCAAGAAACUCUUUUUGGCAGAGAACUUUUCUGAGAAAGAAAGGACGGAAGUGUCAGAAAUUGUGCAGGAGGUUCGAAGUAGCUGGCGAAUGUUACUAGAGAGAAUGGAUUUUUUAAACAAGGAGACAAGAAGAGAGGCACUGGGCCGGGAAUCCAUCUUGGAGACAAACAUCCACCCAAACGAAUACACCCUACUUACCGAUCGAUUGGUUCAGGAAAUUCUCAACGUGGAAGUAGUCGACGGUAAUUUCGCUGUAACCAGUAUGAAUUUGAUGCGUCUCAAGGUUGACAUACAGCGAUUCAGCACCCGCCACUCUUUAGACCAAUCUAGCGGCAUUAGAACUCAGGAGGGGGCCUUUCAAUUGAAUAGUAAACUUACCAUCUUUGCCGGCGGCCUUCAUCCACCUGCUUACCACCGCUCUUUGCCGGAUUCCCUGAAAUACGGCACCUUGGGUUACAUUAUUGGCCAGCUACUCACCAGUUCCCUUGUUGAUAGCGAUGAUUUCGAAAUGCUAUAUUCGUUGCAUAAAGAGUGCCUAGCAAAACCCUUUAGUAAGCACCUCAAACCGAAGUAUGUUCGCCUGUUUUACUUGUUUAUCGGCCACGGCGGAUUGAGACAGGCAUUUGAGGCCUAUCGCAGCCAUAGAAAGCAGCUUCUGGAGGAUCCUGAACGGAAUGUGACCAGCGAGGAGAUGCCGGGACUCGACCUCUCACCCGAACAGCUCUUCUUUUUGGGAUUCGCUCAGAUGUAUUGUCCCAGUGAUCCCAAUUGGGCUCAACAGAAGCACCUGGUUUUGAGUGCCCUCUCCAACAGCCAGGACUUCCACCAGGCCUUCAACUGUCCCGUGGGCAGUAGAAUGCGUCCUUCGAAAUUCAAUUGCUACAUUUGGUACUAA